AUGUCUGAUGGUAAAACCCUAAGGGACAUAACACCCCAAUCAUCUCCUCUCGAGCCGCCCCACCCUUCAAACCAGAGUGAUGGUUUUUAUGAUAUUGGAAUUGGUGCAACAGGUAUUGGUGCUGGGCUGGAGUCAAUGACUGUUAAUCUUAUGCCUUGGGAAGAAUCAGUUAAUCCAAGGGCACAAGAUUGUGUAUUUCCUAUGAGUAUCACCUCAGAAAAUGUCGUUCAUUGUUUUGGAGUAACAAGGAUGAAAAGACAAGAGGCAGUGCAAAUGGCGAUUGAUAAGCUCUUGGAGAAGCAGAAGCAACAGCUGGAUAGUCGACACCCACCGCCUGCAUUUGGACUGUUGUCGAACUAUGAACUUUCUCUUGAAGGAACUAGCUCUGGUACCAUGUCAAACGGCGGCAAAAAGAGUGCAGUCCCACACAGCUCUACCCUACUUUGUCGCCGCUCCGCCGAUGUUCCCCAACCCAGAUUUUUCAAGAAAUCACUGUCGUUCCAGCUCCACUUCCGCAUUCAGACCGACGAGUUCCUCCUUGAUGAAGACGUUGCGUGCUAUGCCCCUGUCACCCUGUACGGCGUCUCUGGCCAUAGAAGACCAUUCUCACGGUUCGAGGAGCAUCAGCCCUUGCGAACGAUAUGCUUCAGAGCUUCCCAAGUGGAACUGAUGGGUCUAUCACAGGCCAAGCUCCUGGAGAAGACAGUGAAAAAUGAGAAAAUCGAAGGCGAAACCACACUGGAUGAGCUAAGAGGGAAAUUAAACAACAUCACUAAUGAAGAAACCAAGAUAUGGAAUUUGAGGUCUUGGAAGCUAAUUGAGGCUUCACCGAGUGAAAACUACUGGACCGUCAAUCUUCUCGCUGUUACCCCGACUUGUUUGGAUGAAGAGAGUGAUGGUUUUUAUGAUACUGGAAUUGGUGAAACAGGAUUGUCGGUUAAUCCAAGGGCACAAGAUUGUGUCUUUCCUAUGAGUAUUACCUCAGAAAAAUGCCGCUCAUUAUUUUGGAGUAACAAGGAUGAAAGGACAAGAGGCAGUGAGGUUCCAUCCCAAAAACCAAUUGGUGAUGGUAGGACACGGGCGAAGUAUCACUUCCAACCCCAACCCAACUCAAGCUCUACCCUACUCUGUCGCCGCCCUGCAGACCGACGGAGUUUUCUCCAACCCAGAUUUGUGAAGCUGGCGGGGAAGGACGAAGAGGAAGGUGAUUUAAUGGAAACUCAAGCAGCGGAAGCCGAAGUAGUUCGAGAAAUCGCUGUCGUGCCAGCUCCGCUUCCGCAUUCAGACCGACGACCGCAGCGGCCAUCGUCGGAGGGUGACCAAGCAGCGCGUGUUUUGUGUGAAGAAAAGAGAGAUAGGGCCGUGUGUGAAGAAGAGAAAGAGAUGGGGAGUGCGGCGGCUGAUAACUCAUCGGAUUCAUCUUCGUAUAGGUAUUGGGUCCGAGAGGCGACCCGGGACGCCGCGCCUCUGCCCGUUCCAAAGAAGAUUGACCCGGUGGAGGUUCACAAUCAAUCUACCCAAACACACCUUGGAUCCGCAUGGAAUCAGGCUGGAACAUGGGAGGAGAAAAAUCUGAAUAAAUGGGCAAGUGAUAGAAUCAAGGUUUGGGCCUCCAGACAUUAUAAGCCCUUUCAUUUCUGGGUAUUGGUGUAUAGGGUGGCCUUAACUGAGUUGCUAGUGUCUAUGGGCUUCCUUGAGUUCUCUGGUGGCAGGGCAAAAGUAGAAGAAGUCACUAGAUGCGUCGGUGAUGCGUUCUUGAUCACGGUGCGAAACAAAAAACGCGUAGGCUACACUUAUGAGUUAACUCUAAAGGUGAAAGGGGAAUGGCUAAUUGGAGAGGAGAAGAAGAAAGUGAAAGGCCACAUAGAUGUACCAGAGUUCACAUUUGGUGAGCUGGAUGACUUACAGAUUGAAGUAAAACUCAAUGAGGAUAAGGAUAUCCCAGCAAACGAGAGGCAGCGGAUUAGCCAUGACUUGAAAUUAUUUUUGAAGCCUCUUAAGGAAAUAUUACUCCAGUUUGAGGAGGAACUCAAAGCACGGUAGUGACCAGUAGUGCGUGUUCCAUUUUGUCAAAUUGAUUGGAAUUCAUCGUCUUAGAGUCAUGAAUUGCGGACCAAAUUAAUUCUGAUUAUAUGUUGUAGUAUUGAACUAUAACACUCAAUGGACUUUUUGUGUUGUAGUAUUGAAGUAGAACACUCAAUGGACUAUUUGUUCACCGUACACUUUCAGCCUUAAGGGUCUGUCAGAUUUCUUGUGAUGGACAAUGGAAUUUGAGAUUAAGUUUUAACUGCUUUGUUCUUGCAAAUGCCUAAUGAAUGAGGAGCAAGAAAAAGUGGUGAAAACUAAUUCUUGCUCCUCAUUCAUUAGGGACAAUGGAAUUUGAGAUUACGUUUUAACUGCUUUGUUCUGGCAAGUGCAAAUGGCCAACACAUGAGACGAAAAUCUAUAUAAAUGUCACAAAUGCUGAUGUUCGCGAGGAUCAGGUGGGUUCGAUUAUAUAUUUUGAAAAAGACAAAAAAAAAUGAAUGUGAAG